AUGGCAAUUAUCAAGUUCAACGCAGGCAAAGUCAAGAUUGACGAGGAAACCAAGCUUUGUACACCCUUGGCAACAAGAGGAGAAAUAAUCGUCCAAUUGUCGGCUGAGGGCGAAGAGUUUUAUGAUUUCAAAUGGGUCCCUACUGAGAACACAGCUGGUGAAGGUAACCAGUCAGAGACAUUCUUGGUCAUUCCGGGCGAUGUGACGUGGAAACACGUCAAAAGUUGUAAAGAUGGUAGAGUUUUCAAAUUGACAUUUUUGAGUAGUGGGGCAAAGAGUUUGUUCUGGAUGCAAGAUGAUAAUGGAAACGAGGAUGACCCAUCAGAGUUGACAACCAAAGAUAAGGAAAUUAGUGAAAAAAUUACCAAGUUGUUCGACGAAGAAGAGUGA